AUGCAGCUGAUCGAGCGAGGAGCCAAUCCAAAGGCCAAGGUAAAAGUCAACACCAGCGCUCUCCAUGCAAUGGCUGGCCAGGGCCAAACCUCUUUUACUGUCUUGCUCGAGAUGGGAUUAGACAUCAAUGAGCAGUCGGUUAAUGGCUUUACGCCUCUCGCGUGUGCGCUGAGCAGAGGACACGAGGCGGUCGCACUCAUGCUGAUUGAGAAAGGCGCGCACGUAGACUGGAAGACCGAUCAGGGCCACACGGCAUUGCAUUUCGCUGCCCGUAACGGAAUGCAACGCAUAAUAGAGCUGAUUGUG